AUGGCCCAGAUCUAUUUGCUAGUGGCAGGAGUGAUGCUCUGCUCCAUCCCUGCUUGCUCUCUUGGCAACAAAGAAAUCUUCAUAUAUUUAAGACAGAUGAAGAGGAUCCCCUUUCAGUCGUGCCUAGAGGACAGAACCGACUUCAAAGUUCCUUGGAAAAGAGAGAAUAUCACCCAAAUCCAGACGACUCAAGGCACCGUUUAUUGUCAACUGAUGCUCCAACAGAACUUCAACCUCUUCACCACGGAGGGCAGCCAUGCUGCUUGGAACAACACCCUCCUCGAUAAACUUCUCUCUAACCUUGAUCAGAGGCUGGACCGACUGGAGCAGAUGAAAAAAGGCAAUCUAGAUUGUCUCGGUUUGGGACUUGCUGCCCAGGAGUAUUUCCAUGGAAUCCAUCUCUACCUGAAGGCAAAGGAAUACAGCCCCUGUGCCUGGGAGGUUGUCAGAGUGGAAACUGAAAGGUCCUUUCCUUCAUGUAAGAAUCCUCAAAGAAAUGUCAACAAAUAA